CUCGUAAAUAAAGCUCAGUAUGAGAAGCCCCUGUAAAUUGCAUAACUGUAUUUUGGUCAGUUGAAGUGCCUGCCACUGAAAACCUUCAGCAGAGCCGUGAAUCUUCCUCAGCCCAUGGAAAGCUGCUUUCAGCUGGAAGAAGGGUGUGUCCCUGAGCUUUUACCUGGGAGCAAUGAUGAUCUUGUCAAGCAUUUCAGGGAGACCAGCCCAAGUUUUUAGGGUGGGGAUCCAGACUGGUUAUACGUACCUCAGUCCUUCUCUCAGAGGAAGGCAGAAACACCUCAAAGCCUGCAAGUAAGAACAUCUACUGGGAAAUCAUUUUAAUCAGACGCCAACUGAGUGGGAGAAAAGAAAAAGAACCAAGAAGAACAAACAAAGCUCCCUUAGUCUUGGAUGUCAGGGACGCCACCACGGCGAUGGAGUGGCAACCCUUCACAGCAGCUGCCCUGCUCCUCUGCCUGGUCGUGGCUGAAGUUAACAGCGAAUUUCGAAUCCAGGUAAGAGAUUACAAUACUAAAAAUGGCACCAUUAAGUGGCACUCACCCAGAAGACAAAAACGGGAAUGGAUCAAGUUCGCUGCAGCCUGUCGUGAAGGUGAAGACAACUCAAAGAGAAACCCAAUUGCCAAAAUUCAUUCAGAUUGUGCUGCAAACCAACAAGUCACAUAUCGCAUCUCUGGAGUAGGAAUUGAUCAGCCGCCUUAUGGAAUCUUUGUUAUUAAUCAAAAAACUGGUGAAAUUAAUAUAACAUCUAUAGUUGAUCGAGAAGUCACUCCUUAUUUCAUUAUCGUUUGCCGGGCUCUGAAUUCACUUGGACAAGAUUUAGAGAGGCCUCUUGAGCUCAGAGUCCGGGUUUUGGAUAUCAAUGAUAACCCCCCAGUGUUUUCCAUGUCUACAUUUGUAGGACAAAUAGAAGAAAAUUCCAAUGCAAAUACACUGGUGAUGAAACUUAAUGCUACUGAUGCAGAUGAACCAAACAACUUGAAUUCAAAAAUCGCCUUCAAGAUCAUAAGACAGGAACCUUCUGACGCACCAAUGUUCAUCAUUAACCGAAAUACGGGAGAAAUCCGAACAAUGAAUAAUUUUCUAGACAGAGAGCAAUAUGGCCAGUAUUCGCUUGCUGUAAAAGGCUCAGACCGAGACGGCGGAGCAGAUGGCAUGUCAGCAGAGUGCGAAUGCAACAUUAAAAUCCUGGACGUCAACGAUAACAUCCCCUACCUGGAGCCGUCUCUGCAACGCGUAUUUAUUGAAGAAAACACUCUGAAUUCAAACUUGCUCCAACUUAGAGUAAUUGAUCUGGAUGAAGAAUUCACAGCCAACUGGAUAGGAGUAAUUUUCUUCAUCUCUGGAAAUGAGGGCAACUGGUUUGAAAUAGAAAUGAAUGAAAGAACAAAUGUAGGAAUUCUUAAAGUUGUUAAGCCCCUAGAUUAUGAAGCUGUGAAGAAUUUGCAACUCAGUUUUGGUGUUAGAAAUAGAGCUGAAUUUCAUCAAUCAAUUAUAUCCCAAUAUAAAAUCACAGCUACUGUAGUCUCUGUGACUGUGAAAAAUGUAAUUGAAGGCUCAGUAUUUCGCCCGGGUUCAAAGACUUACGUGGUAACAAGUAACACGCAAGCGAAUCAGAAAGUGGGAGAGUUUAUAGCUACUGACCUGGAUACAGGUUUAGCUUCAACAACAGUUAGGUAUGUUAUGGGAGAUAAUCCAACCGACCUGCUGGCUGUUGAUUCAAGAACAGGCGUACUCACUUUGAGAAACAGAGUUACCAUGGAACAGUAUCAAAUGCUUAAAGGAAGAUACCAAGGAACAAUUUUAUCUAUAGAUGAUUCUCUUCAUAGAACUUGCACCGGAACAAUUAUCAUUGAUAUUGAAGGUUUUGGCGGGCCAGGAACCCAGAGCAGUACAGACGGUAGUACCAAUACUAAUACGGGUACUCAUUCCGAUGGCACGAAGACCACUGAAGAUGUUACUACUCCCGACAUAUAUGCACAAACCAGCACUCCAAAUGACUUAAGUGGAGGAAGAACAACAGGAGGUGGCAGGGAACCAUAUGUGAACGGAAGAACUUUUUCAGAUAAUGUGCACUUUGGUCCUGCUGGGAUUGGACUGCUCAUCAUGGGAUUCCUAGUCCUAGGGUUGGUCCCCUUCCUGCUGCUGUGCUGUGACUGCUCGGGCGCCCCCGGGGGCGGCGCCGGCUUCGAGCCGGUGCCCGAGUGCUCGGACGGAGCCAUCCACCCGUGGGCCGUGGAAGGACCGCAGCCCGACCCCGGAGACCCCCGCUUCGGCCACGAUGUAAACUCGGUCUGCAUACCAUCAAUACCGGGCGGUGGUGCAAUGAUUGACAGCUCAGGUGUUUAUACAAACGACUACUGUGCCGGAGAAAUGCAAGACCUGGGAGGAGGAGAAAGAACGACAGGCUUUGAACUAAUGGAGGGAGUAAAAACAUCAGCCGCACCGGAGAUGUGCCAAGAAUAUUCCGGAACGUUAAGAAGAAACUCUAUGAGGGAAUGCAGAGAUGGAGGUCUGAAUAUGAAUUUCAUGGAGAGCUACUUCUGUCAGAAAGCAUUUGCUUAUGCCGAUGAGGAAGAAGGGCGCCCGUCCAAUGACUGUUUGCUGGUGUAUGACAUUGAAGGUGCAGGCUCCCCCGCUGGCUCUGUGGGGUGCUGUAGCUUCAUUGGUGAAGACUUGGAUGAUGGUUUCUUGGAUACCCUGGGGCCUAAAUUUAAGAAGUUGGCAGAUAUCAGCCUGGGCAAAGAACCUGAAAGUUAUCCAGACCCUGAUCCCUCCUGGCCUCCUCAGACCACUGAACCAACCUACCCUCCGCAAGUCUCCCAGCAGGUCGGCACCACCAUGGUCGUUUCAGAGAGUACCUACCCCUCGGGACCCAGUGUGCACCAUCCUUUGCCUAUUCCCGACCCUCUGGGCUAUGGUAAUGUCACUGUAACCGAGUCCUACACCACUUCUGGAACGCUGAAGCCCUCUGUCCACCUUCACGAUAACCUGCAUGCACCCAAUGUGGUGGUGACGGAGAGGGUGGUGGGCCCGAUCUCCGGCGCUGAUUUGCAUGGAAUGUUAGAUAUGCCUGACCUGAGGGACGGCUCAAAUGUUAUAGUGACGGAGAGGGUCAUAGCGCCAGGUUCGAGUCUACCCACCACUCUGACUAUCCCAACUCCUAUUGAGUCUUCGAAUGUGGUAGUUACAGAAAGAGUCAUCCAGCCAACUUCUGGCAUGAUAGGCAGUCUAAAUAUGCACCCAGAUUUAUCCAAUGCCCACAAUGUGAUUGUGACAGAGAGAGUUGUUUCUGGUGCUGGGAUUAGUGGCAUUAGUGGAGCAGCUGGGAUAAGUGGUGGCAUGGGCAGUGGUCUGGGUGGGGCUGGUGUAAGUGGUGGUGGCAUCGGGCUGGGUGGACUGGGUGGAGGUGGGGGCCUGAGCAGCAACAUGGGGGGCACAGCCACCAUCAGCCACACGAGGAAUUCCUCUGACCAUCACUUUACCCACACCAUGGGGUCUGCCUCCCCUGGCACGACUCGAAGUCGAAUCACAAAGUACAGUACGGUACAGUAUACCAAGUAGUUGGCAUCCAGAGCUCUUGCUUGUGGUAAUUAUGGCUUGAAUUCCAAUUCCCACCACCCAAAAUCUAAUAACACAGUUUAUGAUGUACAGCCAGGUGCUAGGAGCUCCACUCUGCUGUGAGAAACUACAAUGGGAAAAAUAAACGGGAACAUUGCCAUGGGGGAAGAGUUCUCUGUACAUUUGUAAAGUGUUUCCUUAGAGCAAUAUAAAUGACCUCAUGACAAGGGACUAAAACUUGAGGCAUGGUUUCUGUGUGCCUUGUGGUCUGUUGGGUCUUCUUUGUGUCUAUGUGGCCUGUAGUUUUAUAGCCAGCAUGUGGAGUAAAUAAAAUGUGAUCAUAUAAAAGUACUGCCUUAGCAUGGCAAUUGGCGUCAUUUUCCCGUAACUUGCCACGUAACUCAGGCAAUAUUCAAAAAUAACCAAACAUGCAAUACAUUGCUGUAUGUAAUAUGAAAUUCUGCCCACCAAUUUCACGGAUAAUUAAAUAGAAUGCCAACCACACAUUCAGAACAGGGUUGACCACUGAAGAAUCUGAUUACCUAAUCAAGUCUACAGCCACCAAGCCCUGUUGCCUUGACUGCCCUUAACUGCAUAAGAGGAAAUAAAGGUCAGGUUAGGAACGGCUCCCUAGAAAGAAAAUCCCAUUAGAAACGAGCCAACAGAAUGAGAUGUGCUCAGGGUAAACUGGCAGUGUGAGAUCUUGAACCUCAAGGAGAGCCUUCCGUUAAGAGUCAAGGUUUCUCCUGACCCCAGUUUAGGAUUAAUGGAAGCUGUGAUCUUGAAGAAUAUUGCUUCGCAGGGAGGUUUUGAAACAACACACUCAUUUUUCUCUUUACCACUGUGGUUGCAAAUUUAUAAUAAAGGAAAACUCCUCAGACUGAGUCAAGCCAUAGGUGACAGGAUUGUCAUCACCAGUGGUAACAACCUCCCAGCUAAGCAGAUGCAGAGACACUGCAUUGUCAGACUAGGUUUUAAGCAAGUGUUAUUCAUUUGUUACAUAGCUCCCAAGUUAAAAUGAUACAAGCUGAGCUGUGGGGGGGAAAGCUUGCAGCAUGGUUAAGAUAAGGGGGGAUUUUUAAGGGGAUCCUAAAAAGAACAUGCAAACUGUUUUAAAUGGGAAAGUUAGAAAAUAAUUGUUCAGUAAAGCAGUAAUUGAACUAAUUAUUAGCUGUGAGUUUAGUAUUUUCUUUUAUUUUUUUUUUGUACCUGGAAUCGAACUCUGGACCUUGUGCUUACCAAGGGGUGCUGUGCUACUGAGCUGUAUCUCUGGUCCCAGUACUUUUUUUUAAACAACCCUCUGUUGCCAUUUUGAAGUGAUCAGCCACGAACCUUUUACAGAGUUGAUGAUACUGUGUUGGAAAGAAUAAAAUAAUACUAGACAAACCCAUUUCUUUCACCCCCUAACUAAAUUUUUCACUAGCAUAAAUUUUAAAAUCCUUAUUUGAUUUGUCAAUAAAUUCUUGGUUUAUAAAUGUUCUGAUUUAUAGAUAAUUCCCAAAUAAUAUGGUAUGAUACAUUUUUCUAGCUUCAAAAUGUAGUAAUGUACUAUUUAUGAUGUGUUAUUUCUGUGUAUUUGCUAUAUCAUGUUUACUGGUUACAAAUCUCUAAAACAAACAACACAUUCUAAGAAAUAGGUAAAUUUACCAUUGUGUGGUAGAGGAGUUGUUUGGGGUUUUUUUUCCUAUGCCUUAAAAUUCAUUGUUAAUAUAAGUUUACUAAAGUAAGACUGGCUACAGCAAAAUAAAAUUAAAAAACAGUUCUUCCUCCUGGAGUUGUGAAUUGCAUACUAUAAAAGAUAUUUCUCCUAGACAACUACUCAAAUUUUCCAGGGUGUUACGAGAUUAAAUAAUCAAUAUUCAACUUCCAAAGCUUGUCACAGAGGGCUGGAAAUGAAUUACUUUACCUAGAGCCAAUUUUCUCCAUAUAUCAGUAGAUAAGGUUCAUAUGGUAAACAUCCCAAUAUACAUCUUACCUUAGCUCUGUAGAAUAUGUAAAAUUUUAAUAAUCUGUAAUAUGCUAAAAUGCGGAGGUGUAAAUAAAGUCAUUCAAAGGGAGUCUUUCUUUUAUUUUUUCUGCCAUUUAAGGGAUUGUGUUAAGAAUGGGAAAUAUUUUUCCAGAAAUAUAAACAAAAGGCAAUUUAUUGAAAUAUACUUGUGCAUAACUAUGUCCAGGAAUCUAAAGGAAUACAAAUAAUUAUUAAUUAUUUUUUAAUAUUACUUAAAGGAAAUGAUAUUUGACCACAAGAAACAUAUGUUUUAUCCUGAUGUAUCAGAGUAAAUCCUUUCUUAAACACCAGAAAAGUUCUAGAUAUACUUUUGAGGGCUAACAAAUAACAUAGUCACUACCUUUAGUUCACAAAACUAUGGGAAAUCCAAAUUUUAAAUGGUAGAAUUAAUCAUUCAUAUUUCUAGGAAGACACUUUCAAAUAAAAUUUUUUUUGUAGGAUUGGACAGUGAGGUUUAGUUUAGCCCUAAAUUUUAAAAUUACUUUUAAAAGACACCAAACACUCUAAAACUUAUUUAAAGGUAUAUUUUCAAUGAGUAGCCUCUGCUGUUAUCUUCAGAUGCUUUACUCUGACCCAUGUGCAGUAUUCCAUAGACCUAGAAGAGUCAUGGAAAUCGUUUUAUAAAUAAAUAGCUAUAAUUUAGUUCCAUACUACAAGUUAAAUCUUAGGUCAACUUCCUCUUAACAAAAGGAAGAAGAAAUAGACAACAAUUUAAUGCUAUGCAUAUGUGAUUUGCAAGUAAGUGACAAUAUUUAUACAGGCAAAUUUCUAAAGAAAUAAUUCUCAGGGGCAAAAAGGAAUGUAUCACAAAUAUUGUUCCAUUUAAUGCAAUGAAAACACCACUUUGAAUUAUUUUGACAUUGAAUUUCAAAUACAUCUGCUACUUAAUACGUAUUCCAUGCAUAAGGACUGAUGUAACUGUAUUUGCACUGAAAUUUUACAGAAAACUACCUUUUUUAGGGUUAUUUAUAUACUUUCAUCUGGAUAUCAGUUCUACCUUUAUGCAUAAAGAUUUUAGCAUGUACUGUAGUUUUCACACCAUAUAAUGUUCUUACAAAAUUUUAAUUGUGUCUUCACAAAUUACAUUUUUACAUUAAGUAGACGCUUUUACCUGUACAAAUCUGAUUGUCCUGCAAAUCUGAUUGUCCACCAGUCACACCACGGUACAACACUUUGUGACACUCUUUGUCUUUUGUAGGAGAUUAAAGAUAUAACCAGUGGCAGAAAUAACCAUGGCUAUUUUGGAAAUACAUUUAAAAUCAAACCAAACUUUUUUAAAGAACUAGACAUAUUUAAUCAAUUUUACCUCUUUGGGGAUAUUUCUGGCAUUUUUAAGGCCUCCUCUGUAUUGCCCCAGAACAUGUAAUAGUUUCCACAAAAUCUAGAUCAUUCAGUGUGUUAAGACAAAGCCUGUAAUGAAUAAUUUAUUUUUUAAUUCACCAGCUUCCAUUUAGUUAUAUUUAAAUUACUAAACACUUUAUGAUUAAACUGUGCUUAGUCUGACUUAUUUUUCUUUUGCUGCCUAUUUUCCAAGCAUUUUAAACUCUACUAUUCAUCUUUGGUGAUGUUUAAACAAGAUGCUUUCCUUCGAGCGUCAGUAUGGAAGGUUUUGGACUCUUUGGGUGCCAGUUUCUAGCUUGAUCGUUUGUUGCCUAUUUUAAGAUGGUUUGUAUUUCCAAACAGUUGUGUUUACAGCAAUAAAAUGCUUGAGAUGCC